AUGACCCUGACACUGGAACGUGGCGGGUCCGCCAGCGCCAGCUCGCGCGCCCUCUUUCCCAAGGGCCCCAGCUUCACCCUCGAGGACUUCUCCAACAAGGACUUCAUUGUGCGCGACUUUGUCGACUCGCUCGCCGAGACCGCCGUCCCCGCCAGCCGUCGCUCCGGUCCCGCAUUCAGUGCCUUCGAUCCCAAGCCCCUGAUAAGGUCCUUUGAGAACGCCCUGAGACAGCUGGGCACCCUAUCGAACGAGCUGCAGGAGAAGGAAUCAGAGCUCCUGUCACAAGUCCGCCGUGCCGAGAUACAACAUGACCAGACCCUCGAGACCCUGGGCCGCAAGCUCGACCAGUCCAUGGCCCAGUUUGAGGCCCUAGACCUGACCCUCAACAACCCCACCCCUGCCAAUGGCAGCAGUAACGCCAACGGCAACGGUGCCUCCCGCUCCGGCCCCGAUGGCGGCGGCAACGUUGCCGUCCAGAUCGGCGAGAAGCUCGAGGAGCUCGACAGGAAGCGGAGGAAGGCGCAGGACGCAACCUUCCUGAUACAGUGCUGGACCGAGGUCAGCGAAUCCGGCCAGCUGACAUCGCUCGAGGAGAUCCAGCGCCAGGGCGGCCCCGAGAACAAGGUCCGCUGUGCCGUCAUCGCCCGCCAGCUAAUGCGUAUCAGCCAGCGCCUCGACCCCCUUUCGUGGAGCCAGUCCAACGGCUUCCGCGGCAACGGCGCUACCAACGGUGUCGCGGCCGCUGCCCGCCGUCACAACACAAGAGAGGUGCUUGAGAAGUUCUCGGAGUUGCUUGAACAAGACCUCCUGAAGCAAUUCAACAACAGCUACCGCCGCCAGAACUUCGACGACAUGAUGGAGUGCGCCAGAGUGCUCUACGACUUCAACGGCGGCGCCAGCGUUAUUGCUGCCUUUGUGAACCAGCACCAGUUCUUCAUUGACCGCGACCAACUCAUAACAGACGAGGUCACCACCGAUGGCGAGACAUGGGAGCAGCUCGCAGAUCCCGACUCUGACCCGCCAGGCGUGGAGCCGAGUCUGCAGUCCCUCGUCGACGAAGUCAAAAUUGUGAUGCAGGAGGAGUCUUUUAUCAUCAAGCGAGCCUUUCCAUACUACGAGACUGUUUUGUCCAAGUUCAUACAACGCGUCUUUCAGCAAUCCAUUCAGCAGCGCCUGGAGAUGGUCCUGGACAAGGGGCUCACCAUAUCUUCUCUAGCCUUCCUGCGGUCGCUGCACGCGUCGCGUUCUUACAUUAGUGCCUUGGUCGAGGACCUCAAAACCCAUGGGCUCACAGAACAUCCUGAGCCGUGCUCGGCCCAAAUCUCGCAGACCUUAGACCAGCAGUUGGAGGAGCUGUUUGUCCCAUACCUGGUUGGCAACUCGUACAUCGACCGCGAGAAGAAGAGUCUGGAGGAAAUGUACAACUCUCUCCUCUUCAAAUUCACCCUUUUCCACUCCAGGAGGAAGAAGGCCCCGACCGGCUUCAUGGCCGCCAUCGCCCAGCAGGGCACCCAGCUGUUGGCUACGGCCAAGGAUGCCUACACGGAGCGCCUCGAAUCUUCGGAUCUCACACCCACGCAGAAAGCCAUGAUGCUUCGCGUGGCUGGUUUGCAGGACAACAGUAGCAACAAGAAUGACAUUGAGGUGACAGAGCAAGACGGCAUUCUCAACGUCGCAUUCGCCAAGCGCAUGAUAAUCUGGCUGGCCGAGAGCGUGCGGAGGGCGCUUGAGAUGGGGUCGGCAAGCGAUACGCCGAAAGACGUCAAUGCCCUUCUGAACCUUCUCCUUACCAGCAUGGGUCAGGUCUACGUCGAGACGGCCCUCGACGCUGCCCUCGAAAAGGCCACGUCCCAAGAAAACGUCAAGACCGAGCCCGACCUGUCCUACCUGCCGCGCGUCAGGCCGGCCGUCACCAUUACCAACCUCAUGUCCCACUUCAUCACGACAGUGCUCAUCCGCCUAGCUGAGUCGAACACCACAGUGCGUCGCCACAUGGAAGCUCAGGCGAAGGUCGCCAUAGAGGCGACAGAGCGCAAGACCAACGCCGUUAUGAAGAGCACCAUGGAUGUGGCCGUGAACUGGGUUACCAAGACGCUGGCGCAGCAGAAGAAGGUCGACUUCCGCCCCAAGGACAACGACCUCGAGGGCCUUGUCGACUCGCUGCAGACACCCACGUGCCAGGCUAUCUGCACGUUUUUGUCAGCCAAGGUGGCGGCGCAGGCGGGGCGCGCCGUCGACGGCCAAAACCUCGAGAUGUUCAGCUCGGAGCUGGCCGUCGCCGUCCACCGCCUCCUGUUUGAGCAUUUCAAGAAGUUCCCCGUCAACGCCACUGGCGGCCUGAUGGUCACCAAGGACAUUGCAAAGUACGUCUCGACCAUGAAGGAUUGGCCCCUGUCCAAGGACGUCGAGCACACGGUCGAGAUGCUCACCGAGGUCGGAUACCUCUUCAUCAUCGGCCCCGAGGCCCUGCGCGAACGCUCCCGUAAUCUGGCCGCCGGCGCUACCUCCGGCCCCGCCAGCACUGCCAGGAAGCUGCUGAAGGCCGACUUCAAGGCUUUUGUCCAGCGGAGAGAUGACUCGAGCAGCGUCGGCAUCCAAAGCGUGCUUGCCGGGCUGUGA